UUUCUCACUAGCGUCGGCAUCACCUUGGCUCCGCGAACAUCGUCUACAAUUUUAAAGGUUUAAUAUUUGAGAACUUUUAUCUGUGUUACAUAAAGCAAAAGAAUUAAUUAUCGUGCAACACGAAUACACUAAACGACGAUCUAAUGCUCAGCAAGAUGGCACAACCGAAUACUGCUGGAGGCGGGGGUGGUGGCGGCGGCCCUGCUGCAACCGGAAGGCGGAUGCCGAUGUCUUUGACCGGAUCAGGCGCUAGUGGCACCACAGUGUCCCGUCUACAGCAGCAAGCAGCCGCUAGCAAUGGACGCUCGAAAAGUCCACAGAAUAGUAAUGCGACCAAGAAAUCUGAAUCGAAUGUCAUGUCUGGUCCAUUUGUAGCUAUCAAGAAGACGAGUGGUAUACCGCAGCGAUCGAGCAGUAAUUCAUCUAUUGCUUCGACAUCAUCAUCGUCUUCUAUGUCGUCCUCUUCCACGAGGAGCGAGAAGAGCCAAAGUAGCACUUCCAAAUCCAUAAAUGGCAGUCAAAAGUCGACACACAACGGCAGCUCAAGCGUUACCUCUGUAAAGGAGCAACAGAAAAUCAAGGAGAAAGUGUCUGAGAAAAAGGAUUCGGCCCCAGCGGAGGCUAAAGACGAAACAAAUGAUAUCAAAAGCAAUGCAAAGCCAAUAACAGCAACGCCAGAUGCCGGCCCUAAAUUUGUUGAAGCUGUUACUGACGCAAUGAUUGAUAUGGAAACCGAUUGUCUAAUCACUGAAGUGUUUAACACUCCGACUGCAGAGCGCAAGUCAUCGCGCAGGUUGGCCGGGUCUUCUAGCAGCCUGGAUAAGUCUCCCAUAAAGCCAAAGGAGAGUCCGUCACCAGUUUCGAAAAAGCAGGCGGAAAAGUCUAAGGACAAAUCAGAAGUAGCGGAAAAGGCACAAGAACAUUUGGAAGUUGCGGAAAGCGCUAAAGAACAACCCGAAGCAGCGGAAAAAGAUAAGGAGCAAUCGAAAGAGGCGGAAAAGGCGAAGGAAAAAUUGGAAGUGGCAGAAGAUGUUGAAAUGGAGACGCUCACAGUGGAUGCGUCGCCUGUACGGGCUGUGGCUAGUGUACAGCCCACAGCCACUUCUACGCCUGGACGCAAUCUCUUUGGUUUUCGUAGCAGCAGCAAACAGUCCACCGAAGUGGAACUGGCCACACAGUCGUCCAGCUCUCCAGCAAUUACACCUGCACGUAGCUUUACGCAGAUAAGCGGCCGGCGCAGCAUUCGCCCAACGGCUUCUCUAACGCCCGGCAAACUGGGCACCUAUAGAUGCGUCAACACUGACCUGGACACUUCCAACUGCACCAACACGAGCAUGAAUGCAACCGUGGGCUCCGAGAUACCCAAUAGCUCUUCGUUCUCAUUCUCGUUCUUUGGACGUGGACGCAAACGUGAACGCACGCCGCCGCCUCUAUCCGCCAGCCAAUCGGCAACCGAUGUCGCCCAGGAUGUGGAUAUGUCGCCGCCUAAACGCGCACGGUUCGAUCUCUUCAGCCUGAACUUGGCAUCACCAUUUACCAUGCUGCGGUCACGAUUCUCGAAAACUACAAUUAGCACACCGUCUUCGCGCCAACGCCACGAACAGACACCGCCAGAUGACGAUGAGGAGGGCAGUGAGGUGCAGAACGUGUCGGGUAUUAUCAACCAAGAGGAGGAAGAAGAGCAGCUCAACAAAUCGGCAGCCAGCAAUGAAGUCAGCGUGGCUCAAGAAGCUGGAUCGGAAACUCCGAAGAAGAGCGGAAACAGUGUAGAAGAAGAAGAGGAUACAAUAAAGGAUGAGCAGAAGGUGGAAGAUCAAGGCGAGGAUGCCGUGGCCAAUCUGCCCGCUACUGAUGAAAGCGUUCCCAUUGAACGCGAGGCUUCCAAUACUUCGCGCUGCGCAAUAAUGUAAACGACUCCCAUGCAAAAUGCUGUAAUCAAUCGAAAUACCUUCCCACGUCACCAUUAGUAGCUUUAGGAAUUCCCGAUAAAUGUCAUUCAAUGUUCUGUUCUGUCUGUUCUGUUUGACCUCUUUGGUAAUUUGUACUCUUGCAAAAUUACAUUGUAAGAGUGUGGAUCUAAAUUGGGCUAAGCCAAAUCCAUAUCCAAGCACUGGCUACAAUUCUCGAGAGUUGUUAGCCAUAUGCCAUGCACAUGGAUGGCCCAUUUAUUAAUGAUUUCUCGCUACAUAGCUGUGUCCCUGCCUCCCAUGUGGCGUUCAGAACUCAGCUAUAUACCGACAAAUCUUUCAUUUUACCAACUAAAUCAUUUUGAGUACCCCUGAGACAUUAGGUACAAAA